GAUGGUUAUCCUGAUUUCCAGGACACAGUUCAGACGCUCUAUCAGCAAGACAAAAUGCCACUUGCUUUGGCUAAAAGAAAGAGUGAAGACUCAACAGCUCUGAAUUCCCAGUCGGAAAAGGUGAUGGCAAAACAGAUGGAGUUUCUUUGCAACCAGGCUGCAUUAGAGAGACGUCUUUCCACAGGGUGUUACAGACAGAACUCAGAAGAGCACAGCCCCAAUGGCAUGUCACUGGAUAAUGCUGAUGGACAAGGUGAGAGGCCCCUGAACCUCCGGAUGCCCAGCCUGCCGAGCAGGCAGCUGCAGCACAUUUCACUUGAUGGGGAGCAGCACGCUGGGAAACCCCUGUGCAGCGACUUGAUCCGACUGUACCCCGGUGCUGAGGCCAAGUCCCAGUCCUCGGAAGGCCUUGGUAUUUUAAAGGAUUUUCCUCAUUCGGCUUUUAACAACAUAGAAAGGAAGGUCAUAAAAACAGAACCUGAAGACACAAGAUAGUUAUUCUGCUCUGGAAAACGGUGUCACAGUAAGGAAUGAAACUUCACAAGAGACAAAAAAACAGCCUUAAUAACCAGUGUUGCCUCAUUCAAAUAAGAGAUUUCAAUAGCCAAAGCCUAAGAACUGGUACAGUAAUCUGUGGAAACAGGAAAGCAAGGGACACUGCAAACUAAAACAGUAAUACA